AACCGUAUGCACGAGGCUCUAACGCUGUUCGAGGCUAUAUGCAACAGUAAGUGGUUCGUCAAGACACCGAUCAUCCUAUUUUUGAACAAAGUAGAUCUUUUCAGAGAGAAAAUCACAAGAUCGCCGCUGACGCAGUGCUUCCCAGAAUACGAAGGUAGGUAA